AUGGAUGGCGUACGAUGGAAUAUAUAUCAAGACAAUGACAAAUAUGGACUAUAUGAGAGUGAAAAAGAAACUAAAUUUAAUGAAUCAGAUAUACUUUAUGAAGUGCCUGAAGAAAAUAAAGAUACUAGCUCCAAUAAACCACUUACUACUCAAAGAAAACGAUACAAAUCUAACAAAGAAAUCGAAGAAUUUGAAGCUCUGUCAAAUGAUUCUUUUGAAUUAUUUACAAUUGUAGGAAUACUAAACAAUCCAUCCACUCUUUCUAACUGGGUAUGGAAAUGGAGCCAACAUUCUAAAGAUAGAUUAUACUAUAUUUACCCAGUGAAUGACUUCUUUCCCAUGCGAAUUUGA